ACUUUAUAGACAUGGGUAAACGUAAAACUAAAAGGAAGCCAGCGCCAAAGAAAAAAUUGGUGCUUGAUACUCAGUUUGAUUGUAUUGCUUGUAACAACGAGAAAUGCGUUGACGUUAAAAUGCAACGAGACGCAAAAGUUGGUAAUUUAAAUUGUAGAUUAUGUGGUAUUAAAUUUCAAUCGCCAAUUAAUCCGUUAAGUGAUCCUGUUGAUGUGUAUUAUGAAUGGGUUGACGCUUCACAAGCGAACAAACCCGAAGACUCUCGUAGAGGCUCUGCCGAUUUAUCAGAUGAAGAAUUAAAUUAUCAUGACAAAGAUUUGAGGGAUAUUAGUGAUGCUGAAGAUGACAGUAGAUUAAGAGGUAGAUCAGACUUUGGAGAUGAUGAAGAAUAUGAUUAA